AUGUCAUCAGCAGCAACAACUAAUCGUGCAAAUGAUAUGUGGAACAGUGCGGGUGAAGUGAACUCUCAAAGUGCUAAACAUUCAUACGGGUAUGGCCACCAGUAUCCAGUUGCACCUAACUUCUAUAACUAUCCACAUAAUUUUCAUCAAAACAGUGAGUAUAGUGCACAAAAUGCAAGUAAUAAGUUAUACGAAGCCAACAACCAGAACUGUAUUGUAAAGUCUGAACCUAUUAAUUGGCAAAAUUAUUCAAUGAACUACACGAAUCGAGAUAGUCACGCGAAUAUGGAAAUGAUAAAUAAGUGGAGGGAAAUGAGUUACUAUUCUCAACAGUACGAAAACUACGAAUAUCAACAUAGUAAUGGCAAUUUGACAAAUAAUGCAUAUUUGGAAGCACGAGGAGAUAGUAUAAGACCGGUUAAUUCUCCUAGUCAAUGCAGUAUACCUGAUACAAGCUAUGGAUCACCGCGCAGUGCUUCGAGUGCUAUCAAAUCUUCGGAAGAUGACGAUUCCCCAAACCUAAGAGCGCUCCUAACUAACCCGAAUGCAACAAAAUCGCACCCAUAUUUCAAUAAAUUCAACGACACGUAUACUCAAGAAACAAUACAAAAAAUGAUGUAUCAUGCAACUGAUUUAGAGAAGUGGGAAAAAAAUAAUGAUGUGAAAAUUGAAACGGACCGCAAUUUGCCGCAAUUUCAUGGUGAAUACAAAAACAGUGUCGAUGAUUCUAAAAUCAGGAGCAAAGAAGUGGGAAGGCCGACUGUAGACUGCGAAGGCGGAAAGACAUCGGCAAGUACCAUAGAGAACUGUCAGAACGUGACGAGGGUCGAAGCAGGCGGAGACAAUGAGGAUUAUGCAGACAACAAGAUGGCGACUGCACCCGAAGCGCAAGGAUAUUAUCCAUGGAUGAAGAGUAUUGGCAGUGACGACAAGAAGGAGGGAUCGAAAAGAACAAGGCAGACAUACACAAGAUUUCAGACACUCGAACUAGAAAAAGAAUUCCAUUUUAACAAGUACCUUUCGAGGCGACGAAGAAUAGAAGUAUCCCACGCAUUAGGGCUCACGGAGCGUCAAAUCAAAAUAUGGUUCCAAAAUCGUAGGAUGAAAGCCAAGAAAGAUGGGAAGUUAACAAAUUCACCCGAUCCAUACGGUUUAGAUGACGUCGGUGCAACCAAGUUAGUUAAUAUGCCUGAAUUUAUGGAUAAUAGGCAAAUGCCAAGUCAUCCAGAAUUUCCGAAUUACAAUCACAUGGGUCAUGGUCAUGCGUCCCCGUUAAAUCACCCAGUAGGUAAUUUACCCCCAAACAGUUUAAUGCCUCCGUACGGAGGUCCUAAAAUGUGA